GGGGUUGCGUAGCCGGUGUCCCGGAGCACGUGUCUGAGAGCCGGGUGUGACGCGCAACAGCGCGGGGAGCACUGCGGCGGGAGCAGGUUCUUUGGGCUGGUUAGCCUGCUGGUGUGCGUCUCGAGGUGGCACCAACAGGCGUUCCAGGAGUGCUCCGCUUGUGUCGUUGACUCACCCAUCUGAUGAUGAACACCUUUACUCCUGAGAUCCACACACAAGUGUGAGGAGUGCAGCUUAAAGGAUGGAUGACGACGACUUUGGCGGCUUUGAGGCUGCAGAGACCUUUGAUGGUGAGCAAGGCGGAAACCAAGCAGUGUCCCCUGCUGUCCCCUGGGCCACCUUUCCGGCAGUAUCCGGAGUGCGUCUCUCACCAGCUUCUCCGGAGCUCAUCCUGGACCAUGACCGCUCAUCGCCAUCCACUGGCCACCUCCCUCCAGAUGCCGUCAUUUCCUCACCAGAUGAUACCCGUGCAGACAGCAGCCUCAUGAGUCAGACCAUCUCCAAGGCUCAGAUUCAGCAGUCCGCGCACACACAUCUGAACAUCCCUCUCUUCCCACUUGGUUUAACGGAUGAGCCGAGCCAUGGAGCACUUGCCCUGGAGGACGAGCCUGAGGGUCCUGGAGUCCACGUGUCCAACUCCCAGCUCCGGCAAAAAAUAUCAAGUCUGGAGACUAAACUCAAAGCUUCUGAAGAAGAAAAGCAGAGAAUCAAAAAGGAUGUGGAGUCGCUGAUGGAGAAACACAGUGUCCUGGAGAAAGGCUUCCUGAAGGAGAAGGAACAGGAUGCUGUGUCCUUUCAAGCCAGAUACCACGAGCUUCAGGAAAAGCAUAAGCAAGAAUUGGAAGACAUGCGGAAAGCUGGGCACGAGGCACUGAGCAUCAUAGUGGAUGAGUACAAGGCUCUUCUGCAGUCUUCGGUUAAGCAGCAGCUAGAUGCCAUCGAGAAGCAGUAUGUGUCUGCAAUCGAGAAACAAGCUCACCGGUGUGAGGAGCUCCUGCAUGCUCAGCAUCAGAGGCUCCUAGAAGUGCUAGACACUGAGAAGGAACUGCUAAGAGAAAAAAUCCAGGAAGCUUUGACUCAGCAGUCACAGGAGCAGAAGGAGUCACUGGGAAAGUGCCUACAGGAGGAAAUGCAGAGGAACAAAGAGACACUGGAGUCCGCUGUAAAGCUUGAGAAAGAAGCGAUGAAAGAUGUCAUCACUAAAGCGGUGGAAGAAGAAAGGGAAAAUCUGGAGAAAGUUCAUGCUGAGGAAAGGGAAAUGUGGAAGACAGAACAUGCCAGAGAUCAAGAGAGGGUAGCAGAGGCCAUCCAGGCGGCCGUGCAGGAGCAGCAGAGGAUGAGUCAGGAAGCCGUCAAGGCUGCAAUCGUAGAGGAGCAGAGGCGAAGCGAAAAGGCCAUGGAAGAAGCUGUGAAGAGAACAAGGGACGAGCUGGUGGAGUACGUGAGAGAGCAGAGAAGGCUUGAUCAAGUCACCCGCCAGCGUAGCCUGUCCAGCCUGGAGCUGUUCCUCUCCUGCGCGCAGAAGCAGCUGAGUGCUUUAAUAGCUACGGAGCCUGUUGACAUUGAAUAGAGAUACAGCUGAUCCGUCCUGGUAAUUAAGCCUGCCCACUCGGAAGCCGUUUGUCUCCUGCGCCCAGAAGUAGCUGAGUGCUCUAAUGGCCAUAUUUCCUGGUGGCAUUGAAUAAAGGGAACGUGAUGGGCUGUCUUGCCCUGGCCAUUGCGUCAGUCACUAGACUUGUAAGUUAGAUGCUGUGACUUAGACAAGUGCUCUUGUUCUCUGUUUAAACCUGGAAAGUGGUUUCCAGUUCCAGGAUGAGCCAGAGCAGUUUCCACAAGACCCAUCAACGGAUCUAACUUAUUCUCUGCUGUUUUGUCAUGAGUAGCAGUGGAGAAGAGUGUCUGUGGCCCAAAGGCAUGGAAAGGUGGUGUGUUACCCAGAGUGCAUCAGGUAAGCCUGUCCAGCUUCUGCUGACCCGAUGACACUGUAUUUGGUAAAGGAUUACCUUGUGAGUACCUCAGGGUGAUGUGCAGGGAGCAACUACUGUAUAACUAGGUAUUUACUUGAUUCUACGUAGAUUACAGAAGCAGAUGCUAGCAGAUGCAGAAACAUUGGCAUGGUAUGGUCAUUGUGCUGACUAACCUGAUCUCUUCCCCACACGUGACCCCGUGUGUUUGAUUUACCAAAAAUGAGCAACACUAGCUGGCCAGGCCUGCAGCAGCUGCCCCAUGUAAACUGGAAUGUGUGACCCAGGCUUGGUUCCUGCCAUUCUUCAAAGGCUCGAGAUCAUGUUUCAUAAUCUAACAUCUGGAAAAAACAUAACUCAGACAUCUACGCAUCUAUUUAAUCAAAUACCAAACGCAAAGGGUAAAUCGGGAUGUUUGUGAUUCCUGAGCAGUGUGCUCUGGUGUGAAAUCAUGAAUAGGUUGAACCCCUGGGAUGUUGUACUCACUUCCUUCAGUGCUUCUGCUUCCUGGGACUUUGUAUCUUUCUGGGAUUUCUCAGUAUAAUAAAAGGAACUCCAAAAAGUU